CCGAGCGUAGUAACAAGUUGCGCGUGAAGACGGAGAUAGACAAGUGCGAUUUUAUUCUUGGUUUGUUAUUCCGUUUGCAUAUAAAUAUAUACUUUUCACUUCUUCUCACUCGGUCAACGCGACUGACAGCUAAACAAACAUCAGCGUCUAGCAGUAGAUAGAAACUUCCUAAUACAACAGCUAAAAUUCCAUCCCGUUUAUCUCUUCCACAGAGUUACAGAGUGUAAUUUUAAAACUUAUGUCAUUUACAAAAAUAAGCAAAUAAAUUCGACGUUCAAGAUAUUCUGUAUGAUGACGCUUCACUGCCUAAUGACGAAGGUGGGGGUCAUUCUCGUGGGAGAAGACACCAAAGACAACUAACAAUACUCCAAUAUGUGGUGAUGGCGUCACUGAGCGGCGGACGUGACGUGGUGUGACGUCAUCAGUAAUAUGACGCUUCACUGGGAUAAGCUGUCACCGGGGGAAUUUCAGCAGCUUCAAGAUUUCGCGGCCUACUCAACCAAAAAACUGAGGGAUGUCCUGGAGGAAUUCAGCGGGACAGGACCUCUGUCAAAGUACAGUCCUGACGGGGACAUCGACUACGAGGGUUUCCGGCUGUUCAUGGACACGUUCCUGGAGGUGGAAACUCCGGAGGAACUGUGUCGUCACCUGUUCCUCUCCUUCGUGAAGCGCCAUGAAACCAGGCCGCAAACACUCGACGGGAAGGCCAUGAAGGAGAUGGCGGUGCUGAGUUCGGCUACAGCGUGUGCCCCCAUUACGUCACAUACGACAACGCCUGGGUCUGUGCCCAACAUCGCUACCUGCGUCAUCGACCAGGCCACCGUCCUGACUGGAACGCCGGCCCACGACAGACCCGCCAACAAACUGGCCGAGAAGUUGCAUGGACUCACAGAGAAGCUGCACUCUCUGGGUCACCACCGGACGGAUUCUGACACUUCUGCGCGCACGAGGACGGGCAGUUUAGGUGCAUCUGUGCACCCGAUGCUAACAGUGACCCAGACCUCGUACUCAUGCCAUGAAGUGCUUGAGAAAAAAAGCACGGACUCGUCACCAAGUCACAGUCAGGUGUCAAGAAACUCGUCACGGAAGUCCAACAAUUCGCUUCUGGUCACCAACGGCAAGAUUGAAGACAUGCGGUACCUAGUGAGGAAGUCCAGCAGUGUGGAUGUCCAUGCUGUGAGGGUCUCUCUUAAAGAUAUUGUGUGCUACCUGUCUCUUAUCGAGGGUGGGCGACCAGAGGACAAACUAGAGUUCAUGUUUCGCCUGUAUGACACGGAUGGAAACGGAGUUCUGGAUACAAACGAAAUGGACUGCAUCGUUAAUCAAAUGAUGAAUGUUGCUGAAUACCUUGGCUGGGAUGUUACAGAACUCAAGCCUAUCCUCCAAGACAUGAUGGUGGAAAUUGAUUAUGAUGCAGAUGGUACAGUGUCCCUGGAAGAAUGGAAGCGUGGUGGCAUGACAACCAUUCCAUUGUUAGUGCUCUUAGGUCUAGAUACGAAUGUUAAGGAAGAUGGUAAUCAUUUGUGGCGACUGAAGCACUUCAGCAAACCAGCUUACUGUAACCUAUGCCUCAAUAUGUUGGUUGGGCUUGGCAAGAAAGGGCUCUGCUGUGUUUUCUGUAAAUAUACUGUGCAUGAGCGGUGUGUGCAGAGAGCCCCAGCCUCUUGUAUAGCAACAUAUGUUAAAUCAAAGAAGACCUCUCAGCUCAUGUCACACCACUGGGUAGAGGGAAACUGCCAUGGAAAAUGCUCCAAGUGCAAGAAAACCAUCAAGAGUUACAAUGGCAUCACAGGGCUGCAUUGUCGGUGGUGUCAAAUCACUCUGCACAACCGCUGCGCUUCACAAGUGAAGCCAGAAUGUAUGCUCGGUGACCACAGAAUACACAUUUUGCCGCCUACUGCCAUCUGUCCCAUUGUUCUGGAUCGACAAAGAUCCUUCACCAAAGAGUACAAGCGUUCCGGUCUCCAGCGCUCAGAGAGUCAGACGCCAGCAGACUGCAACAAUUCAGGGUCUCUUCUGUCCACACAAGAACAACAGUGCCCAAUGUCAUUCCAAAUAACACCCCCACCUGGAACCAAGCCUCUUGUUGUGUUCAUCAACCCUAAAUCAGGUGGACGUCAAGGGGGAAGAAUGCUCCGCAAAUUCCAGUAUCUCCUCAACCCAAGACAAAUCUAUAACUUGGCUAAGGGAGGGCCAAUGACAGGGCUUACACUGUUCAAGGAUGUUCCAAACUUCAGAGUGAUCUGUUGUGGUGGGGACGGCACUGUUGGAUGGGUCUUGGAGACAAUGGAUCGAGUGCAGUUCGAAGAACAGCCUGCAGUUGGUGUUAUCCCUCUAGGCACUGGCAAUGACCUGGCGAGGUGUCUACGCUGGGGUGGAGGCUAUGAAGGAGAGGCUUUACCAAAACUGCUCAAGAAAAUUGAGCGAGCCAGUACUGUUUUGAUGGACCGAUGGCAUAUAGAGGUGUCAGAACAGAAGGAUGAUGGUUCACCUCCAGGCGACCCCAUCCCUUAUAAUAUCAUCAACAAUUACUUUUCAGUAGGAGUGGACGCUGCAAUAUGUGUGAAGUUUCAUCUUGAACGAGAGAAGAAUCCAGAGAAGUUCAACAGUCGAAUGAAGAACAAACUUUGGUAUUUUGAAUUUGCAACUUCAGAACAGUUUGCAGCUUCCUGUAAGAAUCUCCAUGAAGAUCUUGAUAUACUGUGUGAUGGAGUAUCUCUGGAGCUAGCCAAUGGGCAGGCCCUGCAAGGCAUUGCACUUCUCAACAUCCCAUACACACAUGGGGGAUCCAAUCUGUGGGGAGAGAACCAUGGCAAGAAGCGGCCAGUUAACACCACUUCCCGCAUUCCUAUUCGCAAGAAGGACAAAGAGAAGGAGCUGUCAACCAGCAGCUUCAACUCUGUGAAUCUUAAUGCUGCCAUCCAGGACAUUGGAGAUCGUCUCAUAGAAGUCAUUGGGCUGGAGAAUUGUCUGCACAUGGGGCAAGUAAGGACAGGGCUGAGAGCUUCAGGUCGUCGUCUGGCACAAUGCUCGUCUGUUGUGAUAAGGACCAGAAAGAGAUUCCCCAUGCAAAUUGAUGGAGAACCAUGGAUGCAGCCACCAUGCACGAUCCAUAUAACACACAAGAACCAAGUUCCCAUGCUGAUGGCACCCCCACCAGAAAAAGGAAGAGGAUUCUUCAGUUUGUUCAGAAAAUGAACCAGCAGCCUCUGAUGUAUAUGCGACAAUGUUUCCAUGGUGCAUAAACAUACAAAUGAAAGGAAAAACAGUAUAGAACCUAGCCACAAUCUUUGCCACUUCAAACAUUACGCUUCCAGUAUCUAGAAAUAUAUCAUCCAUUUGAACGAAAGUUAUAUAUAGCCAUAGUAGGUUUUUUAUACAGUAAACAAUUGAUAUUAGAGAAAAGAGAUAGAAACUUCAAAACCAAAUAAACAAUUAAGAGAUUUAAAAAAAUACAUAUGUUUCAAAGAAAGUAAUGGAAAACCACAAAUCAGACACCAAAUAUUAAAUUAGUUAUAUACAA